UGACACUUCGCCUGACGCCUCAGAAACGUAAAGAAAUCGAUUUCGUGUGUGAAAAAUAACAAAAUUUUCCAACAAAUACCCGCAAAAUCGAAGGAAAAAUGGCCGGAAAACGUGGUCAAACCGAAGACCUGUCGAACGUCGAGUUCGAAACGUCGGAAGAUGUGGAAGUAGUACCAACCUUCAAUGCCAUGUCGUUGCGCGAGGAACUCCUGCGAGGCAUUUACGCAUACGGUUUCGAGAAGCCCUCGGCAAUCCAGCAACGUGCGAUCGUGCCAAUGGUCAAGGGACGCGACGUCAUUGCCCAAGCGCAAUCCGGCACAGGCAAAACCGCGACAUUUUCCAUCAGCGUGCUUCAGAUGUUGGAUACAACUUUACGUGAAACGCAAGUUUUGUGUUUGUCGCCGACGCGCGAGUUGGCGGUGCAAAUCCAAAAAGUCGUCUUGGCGCUCGGGGAUUUCAUGAGUGUGCAGUGUCACGCGUGCAUUGGCGGCACAAAUUUGGGUGAAGACAUCCGAAAAUUGGAUUACGGGCAACAUGUUGUCUCGGGAACACCGGGGCGGGUCUUUGACAUGAUCCGACGACGUGUUUUGCGUACGCGAUCCAUUAAGAUGCUCAUUUUGGACGAAGCCGACGAAAUGCUGAACAAGGGAUUCAAGGAACAGAUUUACGAUGUUUAUCGAUAUUUGCCGCCAGCGACGCAAGUUGUGCUCAUUUCGGCUACGUUGCCGCACGAAAUUCUCGAAAUGACGUCGAAAUUCAUGACAGACCCCAUACGGAUUUUGGUGAAGCGCGAUGAGUUGACGUUGGAGGGUAUUAAGCAGUUUUUCGUCGCUGUCGAGCGUGAAGAGUGGAAAUUCGAUACGUUGUGCGAUUUGUAUGACACGCUGACGAUCACGCAGGCGGUUAUCUUUUGCAAUACGAAGCGGAAGGUUGAUUGGUUGACGGAGAAGAUGCGCGAAGCCAAUUUCACAGUCAGCUCCAUGCACGGAGACAUGCCACAGAAGGAGCGUGACGAGAUUAUGAAGGAAUUCCGAUCGGGUCAGAGUCGCGUUCUCAUCACGACAGACGUUUGGGCCCGCGGUAUCGACGUGCAACAAGUGUCCCUCGUCAUCAACUACGAUCUCCCGAACAACCGUGAGCUGUACAUCCAUCGCAUUGGUCGUUCCGGACGUUUUGGGCGCAAAGGUGUCGCCAUCAACUUUGUCAAAUCCGACGACAUCCGAAUCUUGCGCGACAUUGAACAAUAUUACUCGACACAAAUUGACGAAAUGCCGAUGAAUAUUUCCGAUUUGAUCUAAAAAUCAUGAAAAAUCACCCAAAAACGGGAUAAAAUUUAAAAAUAAUUAGUGUGGGAUUAACUUUUCUCUUCUUUAAUAUUGAUUUAAGCAUUCUAACGAUUAAUAAUGUGAACAAUUAAGAUGAUGAUAAUACAAAAAUAAUACAA